AUGUCUGAGGAACACUCAAUUAAAAUAGAAGCGCAACAGCAACAUAUAACAGAACAAUGCAAUCAUGUCGCAAGAGCGAGACAACGUCAUAACACAAAGCACACAUACACAAACAACAAAGGCGCGCAAACACAAAAAUAUUCCAACAAGAAUCCUAACUGUAAGAACUGUGGAAACAACUGGCAUUCUGGUGGACUUCAACAAUGUCCAGCAAGAAAUAUUUUCUGCAAUUUUUGCAAGAAGAAGGGACAUUUUGCUAAAGUCUGCAUGAAAUCGAAUUCUUCAAAUUCUUUGAAAAUAAACAACUUGAAACAAACAGAAAAUGAUGAAACACAAGAUUCCAUAUUCAACAUAAAUGACGCUACUAAUAACAAUUUGCCAACCAUAACAAUUUCCAUCAACAAAACACCAACGAACUUCACAAUUGAUACAGGGUCAACAGCAACAAUAAUAAGCAACAACAUAUUCAACAAACUUAUAUACAGACCAACAUUAACAAAACAUACAGGACAAAUUAUUCCAUAUAACUCCACCACUUCAUUGCCGAUAAUAGGAAAAUUCACUGCUAGUCUUUCUUUUAAACAACAUUCCAUAGCCGAGACAGUUUACGUAAUAGACAGCCAAGCAAUAUCCAUACUUAGUUACAAUGCAUCAAAACAACUCAACAUAAUCCACAUAGUUCAACAGCUAUCAAACAAUAUCAAUCUCAACAUCAAACACAAAUACCCUGAAGUUUUCAGAGGAAUCGGGAAACACAACAAACAUAAAGUACAUCUAUUCAUCGACAAAGAAGUACCACCAGUCGCACAACGUUUCCGUCGGAUUCCAUUUCAUUUAAGACCAUUAGUUGAAGACGAAAUUAACCGCCUACUCAAAGCAGACAUCAUUGAAAAAGCAACGGGUCCAACACCUUGGGUAUCACCAGUGGUAAUUGUACCAAAACCCCACAACCCAUCAGCUAUUCGGAUGUGCAUUGACAUGCGAGCAGCUAACAAAGCCAUUCAACGUGUCAGAAAAAUAACACCAACUCUGCAAGACAUAAUAACAUCUCUUAAUGGCACAACAGUCUACAGCAAAGUAGAUCUGAACGAAGGAUACCAUCAAAUCGAGUUGGAUGAAAAAUCUCGUUUCAUCACGACUUUCAGCACACACUGUGGAGUCUACAGAUACAAAAGACUCAACUUCGGCGUCAACACAGCAGCAGAAGAAUUCUAA